GCACAUUAACGAUAUAAAUUAAAGUCACGAGAAUUGUUUGUUCUGACUGUGAUAGUUCUUGGUUGCAGAAAGCUUUUGAGAAUGAGAGAUUCAAAUGGAUUCGUAUGCAGUAAUGAAGAAAGCAGCAGCGCAGUUAGAGGCAUCCAUAUUGUAACUGCAUUAUAUGGAUUAAUAUUUGGUUAUAAUUUGGGUAGAUCAGGUGGCAUGAUUUCUAUGGAUUCUUUUCUGAAAUUCUUCUAUAAAGUGUAUGAAAAGGAGAACAACAUAAAACCCUCAGAUCCCUAUUGCAAAUUUGACAGCCAAAUAUUGGCAUUAUUCACAUCAUCUCUAUAUUUGGCUGCUUUGAUUGCAUCAGUAUUUGCAUCCUUUGUUAUUCAACGUUUUGGGAGACGCCCUCCCAUGAUAUGUGGGGGUGUAUUUUUUUAUUUGGGUGCAGGCUUUGUCGGGUUUGUAUUCAUUUUCCCAGAUUCUGAAUUAACGGCUUUUGCAAACUAUCGUUGGGCGCUAAUUGUCAGCCGCGUCUUUUAUGGUUUAGGAAUUGGAUCUACUCAUCAGUCUUUGUCCAUGUAUAUANAUGAGGUUGCUCCAUAUCAAUAUAGAAGAGUUCUUAAUAUGAUGUUCCAAUUGGUAACUACUAUUGGCAUCUUUGUUGCAAAUCUCAUCAACUACAUUGCUGCGAAGAAGGAGGAUGGAGAAGGNUGGCGUUAUAGCUUAUNUUUUGAAANUUUUCNUNUUNGUAUUUAUUUUUUAGGCAUAAUUUAUCUUCCAGAAUCACCAAAUUUUUUUAUUGAACGUGGUCUUCAUGAGAAGGCUAAGAGGGAANUUAUUGAGAUUCNAAACACUACAGAUGUUGAGGAGGAGUUUAACGAUCUUGUGAUAGCAAAUGAAUGCUCCAGAGCAAUGAAAGACCCUUGGAUCNCUUUAUUAAANAGACAGUACANACCCCAACUUACAUUUGCCAUAGUCAUUCCCUUGUUUCAGCAACUCACUGGCAUAAAUGUGAUUAUUUUUUAUGCUCCUAUUUUGUUCAAGACCAUUGGUUUUGGAGCUCAUGNUUCUCUCAUGUAUGCCAUGAUCAUUGGAGGUUGCAACGUAAUUGCCACUCUUGUCUCCAUAUUCACUGUUAACAAGUUCGAUAAACAAAAUCUUUUCUUAGAAGGAGGAAUACAAAUGUUUAUUUGCCAGAUCCUAAUAACCGUAGCAAUUGCAUGUAAAUUUGGACUUGAUGGAAAUGUAGAAAUGUUGCCAAAGUGGUAUGCUAUUGUGGUUGUGUGUGGCAUAUGUGUGUACGUGGCNGGAUUUGCNUGGUCUUGGAGUCCUCUAGGAUGGUUGGAUCCAUGUGAGAUUUUUCCAUUUGAAGUGCGUCCGACUGCACAAAGCAUCAAUGUCUUUGUGAACAUGAUAUUCACCUUUGUCAUUGCGCAAAUUUUCACUACCAUGCUUUGUCACAUGAAGUUUGGAUUGUUCAUUUUCUUUGCAUGUUUGCGCAUUGUGAUGAACACANUCAUUUACAAACUUCUGCCAGAGACCAAGGACAUUUCCAUUGAAGAAAUGCAUGUUAUAUGGCAGAGUCAUUCUUAUUGGAAGAAGUUUGUUAAACCAAUUGAUGUCACUAUUAGUGAUGAGUGUUAA